AUGUCGGAAACCACUCCGACAGACAAGGAGAUCACACCGACCACCAAAGACGAGACGAAGAAAGAUGAGAUAUCACAUGAAUCCGAUUUAAAGACCGAUCACCCGGAUCAACCUUCUCAACCCAUAAAGUCAAGUACAUCAACCCAAUCUGCGAUAGUAUCCUCCCCACCACCCAUCACUCCUACUUCCCCUAUCACAGCCCCUCAGAUUGCAUCUUCUUUCUCCCUCGCUGCGCCCAGCACGACCGUGUCAGCCGCUUCACCCGCCAAGCGACGUCCUAAACCACCUACCAAAGGGAUCCUCAAACCGCCCCCACCGCCUGCCAAACCUACAUUAGGUAACAGGUUAAGGGAUAUAGUAGGAGGAGCAGUCAAUACAGCUGUCGGGACGACUUCGAGGCUAUUCGAUCCGACAGAGGAAACUGGCGCUGGUCCAAGCUCAGGUUCUAGCUCCGGCGCGGGACCAAGCUCUGCUAAUCUCCAAGCUACCUCUUCUGCCCCUGGAGCUGGAGGUGGGACAUUGGCAUCUAUAUCAGGAAGACUAGCUGGACUGGGUCUAAGUAGAUUCGUACCCGUACCUUCCCCCGUCAAUGUCAAUUCUACGAGUCAAGGUUCACCAUUACCUUCAAGAAGUAUAUCUCUACCUGAAACGGGAUCACCAAUGAUCAUCCAUGGACAAGCGGGAAAUGCAAAUGUGAUAUUAUCAGAGAAGAGUAGGCAGAAACAACCCUUGAAAAGAGCGACUUUCGUUUUGCCCAGCCUUAGCAUAACGUAUCCUAUCAGCUCACAGGCAGAGCCAUGGUCAGCGAAGGUAAUAGAGGAUAGGAAGAGGAUCGAAUCCAACCACAGAUCACUCUUAUCGUCAAGCUGCGGACCGCAGUACUGGACCUCGCAGCGGCUGGUCACGCUAUACGAAAGUGCAUGUAGAGGGAGAGAAGAGAGGCCGAGAGUGGGGAUAGUCAGAGCCUUGGAGACAAUUCCGCCUCCCCCUAAAAUCCGUCAUAUCCACAUAAUCCUUCGUCCCGUCGACCACACCACAAUCGGCAUAACCCUCCCACCAGGCAGUCCCAACACUCUAGAUGUCCCCUUCACUCGCUACUCUGCUGAAUCGUUCGCAGACGUUCUAUCUGCAGAAUGGGGGUUGAUGGAAUUGAAGUUGGAGAAUGGGCUGUUAGAAACUGAAGAUAGCUUGAAACCUAUCUUGCAUGCUUUGUUGAUAUCUGGAACUUUACCUAAUCUGAGUUUGGCGGGGAAUAAGAAGAUUAAAGUGGGAGGGUGGAGGUUGUUGGCUGUCUUCUUGAAGAGGGCACGAUCACUUCGCUAUAUCGAUCUGUCAGAGACAACCUGGGACAAGAAAGGUAUCGAGUACCUAGUUCAAGCUCUCACAUCCGCUCAGAUCAAAGCUCCGCCUGAGAAUGGUGUCUCUCCAGACCCAAGUCAAUCCGAUCCAUCACAGAUCGCUGAGACCGAACAAGCUGGAGCGAGGCAGGAGAACGGAGAUGUCGAGAAACCCUCCACGGACGCCUAUGGCAGCUUCAUACCGCCUGCUCCGUUGCUUAAAGAAAAUGAUCAGAGUAGUACACCUGCUGCGGUCCAGACGCUGCGUCUAGAUGGAUGUGGGCUGAGAGCAAAUGUCAUGGAGACUCUUGCCCAAGGAGUCCGCAACUCCGAUCUCAAGAACAUCUCCCUCCGUCGUAAUAGGAUCGGACCUCUCGGUGCAGUUGCGCUAGCUCUGAUGAUUCGUGAUUACCCCGAUUCAGCUUUGACCAUGUCAUCCUUAUCACCUGGAUUAUCAUCUACGCCUUCCGCCCAAUCACCUUUGCUCCUACCGGUCGACGCUGCACCGUCAACACCUACGCCAUUACCCUACUCCGCUAGAGUCAGAAAGCCUCAACCUGCUCUACCAGAUGACGAGCGAGAUCUGCCACCGAUACCACUAGUCGUAUCAUCAGCUACGGGAGGUGUGACAUCUCGGACUGUUCCAGAGGGCUACAGGCCACCUCCUCCUCCGAAGGAUCCCCUUGUUAUGCCUGCGGGAGGUAAUUCUACCAUGCAAGACGCAGGCAACUUCACCAGCCCGGAGGGUAAAACAUCGAAUGCCGAUCUGGGAGGCGCGAGCAUGGCUUUGCAGCGGAGUGUGAGAGCUCUAGAUGGGAUAGAGAGGAUUGGAAGGCUGUUGACGCUGGACCUGAAGUCGAAUGAGAUCAAGAACGGUGUCAACUAUAUCGCUCAAGUACUCAAACGAAAUCGAACUCUCAAAGUACUCAACCUAAGUGAUAAUCAAAUCGGACCCUCCGGCCUAGUCGCUCUGGCUGAAGCGUUAAAAUACAACUCUACUCUCGAAACGUUAGAUCUCAGCUCCAAUCCAUGUUGUGGGCCUUCCAUGGCCGGGAUCUCAUCUCUGAGAACCACAUUCACAGUCAACACAUCGCUCAAAAGAUUGUUUUUAUCUGAUACAGGUCUAACUACCGAGGGAGCCAUCUCGUUAGCUGAAUUCUUACCUGAAUCGAAAUCACUCUUGCAUCUCGACCUCACCGACAAUCCUCUCAUAGAAACUGCCGGUAUCUUGGCCAUUAGCGUUGGGCUGAAAUCGAACAAAUUGAUUAGAUGUCUUGAUUUGACUGUACGAUCAAAUGAUGAAGACCUAUCGGAACUGAGCCAGAAUAUCUUACAGCUCUGUAUAAGGAAUACCGAAUUGGCUGCUGAAUCGGUAUCAGGUGAAAGUAACAAGGUCAAGGUGCAAAGGCAUAAACAAGAGGUUAUUUGGGAACCUAUCAAGAAGUCCAAUUUGGUCAAACAGAUAAAAGAAUUGGAUGAAUUGGAAAAAGAAAGGAAAAGAUUGGAGAUCAUGCAAUCCCCUCAAGGUCAAGCUAGGGAAUACGUCUAUACACUUAAACCGGAUCGAAUUCAAAAAGUCGCUGAAGAUGUGAUUAGAGAUUUGACCAGAUGGUAUGCUGCAGGAAAGGUUUAUAACACUGCUAGAAACAAGAAUGGAUGGACAUGGGAACCUGAUCAAUUGCCUCGAGAUGAGUUCUCGAUGUUAUAUGAACGAGCUAAAGUAUUGAAAGAACGGUUGAUCGAACAGAUUCAAGAUCCGUCGAUUAAUUCUGAUGGAGUAGAUCUAGAAAGAUUGUUAUCGCUCAAUGAUGAAUUGGAGAAUAUCAUUUCCAAUGGAAGGAAAUUCAACCCACCGCCAAGAUUGCUACUACCUUCUCAGAUCAUCCCCACAUACGAACAAUCACCUUUACCUCAACGCACUUCCACACCCACAUCCGCAUCGACAGGAUCACCGGCGAGAUUGUACCCACAACAUCAACGUCGACAUAUGCGAAUUUCAUCUACCGAAAUAUCAAGUCCUAAUUUCUCAAUCGGUGAUUCGGAUAAUGAUUCUGAUCCUGAAGAGAUUGAUGAGAAGUCCUUCACUUCUAAUAAUGCAACUCCGACUAAAUCCACCACUAUCACUAGUGGGGGAAGUAGGAAUGUGACGCCUAUCACAAAGUUGAAUUUGACCUCGAAUUCGAAUUCUGGAUUGGGUUUAGGUUCGAUAGCCAUUGAAAGAUCAGAAGAUGCAGACCAGGAAGAAGGGAUAUUUGAGAAACAGGAGAAUGAAGCUUCACCUUCUACUGGAUUAUUACCUGUCAAUUCACAGGAAGCAGACCAAGAUUUCUUGGAUGACUUGACUAGUCCGACCGAAAAAGCUAGUAGAGCUUGGGUAGAGGAGGAAGGUGAGAUUUUCAGAAAAGGAAGUAAACUUGGUGUGGUGGACGAAGGGGAUGACACGUUAGGUGAAGAGAAGGAAGAUGUAAGUGGUGAAGAAUUAAGAAAAGAGAUACUGGAAACUCCCGUAGCUAGAAGUACAGUCAGACGAGUUAUCCCUGUUGAAGAAGGUGAACAGGGGGAGGAGGAGAAUGAAGAUGGUGAGGAGGGAACAAUCGCUGUUGAGGACGUUGAUAAAACUUAG